UAUUCCACAAUAUUAACCUGUCAUUCUGAGUUGAAAGUGAAGUAAACGUGGUUAGGCACAUAUAUCAUAUCACACAACAUAUAUAUAAAUACAAGAUAGAUAAGAAAGAGUAGAUAACAUAUACAUAUACAAGUUACAAGUUACAAGUUACAAACAUAGAAUAUAAUAAUAAUAUUGUAGUUUUGUAAAGAUGGGAACAAUGGUUCAAAGAGUUGAAAGCUUGUCUUUGAGUGGAGUAUCAUCAAUCCCAAAGGAAUACGUGAGACCAAAAGAAGAGUUAACAAACAUAGGAAACGUCUUCGAGGAAGAGAAGAAGGAAGAAGGUCCUCAAGUUCCUACCAUUGAUAUAAAGGAAAUAAACUCUUCUGAUGAAAUAGUGAGAAAGAAAUGCAGGCUCAAGUUGAGGAAAGCUGCUGAGGAAUGGGGGGUGAUGAAUCUGGUGAACCAUGGUAUAUCUGAUGAGUUGCUUGAGAGGUUGAAGAAAGCUGGGGCAACGUUUUUUGAGUUGCCUGUGGAAGAGAAAGAGAAAUAUGCUAAUGAUCAAAGUGCUGGGAAGAUUCAGGGGUAUGGAAGUAAAUUGGCUAAUAAUGCUAGUGGGCAACUUGAAUGGGAAGAUUAUUUCUUUCAUCUUAUCUUUCCUGAGGAUAAGUGUGAUUUGUCUGUCUGGCCUAAGACACCUGCUGAUUAUACUGAGGUUACACUUGAAUAUGCAAAGGAACUAAGAACCCUAGCUAGCAAGAUAAUGGAAGUAUUAUCUCUUGAAUUAGGGUUAGAAGGAGGAAGAUUAGAGCAAGAAGUUGGUGGAAAAGAAGAGCUUUUACUUCAAAUGAAAAUCAAUUACUACCCAAUUUGCCCUCAACCAGAGCUAGCACUUGGAGUUGAAGCUCAUACUGAUAUAAGUUCACUCACCUUCCUCCUCCAUAACAUGGUGCCAGGUUUGCAACUUUUCUAUGAAGGAAAAUGGAUCACUGCAAAAUGUGUACCUGGUUCAAUUCUCAUGCAUAUUGGUGACACAAUUGAGAUUCUCAGCAAUGGAAAAUACAAGAGUAUUCUUCAUCGUGGAUUGGUGAAUAAGGAAAAAGUUAGAAUUUCUUGGGCUGUGUUUUGUGAACCACCUAAGGAGAAGAUUAUUCUUAAGCCACUUCCUGAACUUGUUACUGAAACUGAACCAGCACGUUUUCCACCCAGAACUUUUGCUCAGCAUAUUCAUCAUAAACUUUUUAGGAAGGAUGAGGAGAAGAAGGACAAGGUGGAGAAUGGUGAUGAUCCUAAAAAAUAAGUGCUUCUUAUCAUAAUUCAACUGCUCAAGAAAAAUUGUAUUGUGUUAUCUUAUUUUGGCUUAUGAACUUUUAUUUUUUGUGUGGUGUAAUAGUAGGCUAUGUAUUUAUAUGUGGCCUAAAUAUGUUGUUCGUUAUUUUCUACAUUGAAUAAUAUUUUCAGCAUCGUUUAUUUUUCUA